AGUUAGGAGGGUUGGUUAUUUUGAGAGACCUAAGGCCAGAAGAGAGGUGGAGCUGAAGCAAUCCCAUCGAACAAGCACCAUGGCCGGGAAAAGGCGAAGACGGAACGUUUCCCGUUCCACAAGAGCCAAACUUCAAUUUCCUGUUAGCCGGGUAGACCGCUUCCUGCGAGAGGGGAACUACUCCCGGCGCCUGAGCUCAUCUACACCUGUGUUCCUAGCUGGUGUACUCGAGUACCUGACAUCUAACAUCCUUGAGUUGGCUGGUGAAGAAGCCCACAUGAGCGGCAAGAAGCGCAUCAGCCCAGACCACGUCUAUCAAGUGGUACAGAACAACGAGCAGCUCCACCAACUCUUCGAAGACAACAACAAAUCUGUGGACGACGAGAUACCAGAAACCGAUGAGGACUGAUGAUACCUGGGUCUCAGAGGCUGGAGAGUCCACCACACCUUCAGCCUCAACCAGUCACGGGGUCUACUACCUGGGGGGCUAAUCAGACUUGCUAUUAAAGCAUCUAAACUGAA